CGAAAAUUUACGAAUAGUGCCAACUGUUUGUAUUUGCCAACGCAGUCAUCAUUCAGUUUUUCAACAUCACCUUUAAGCUCUCCCACUUCACCCAAGCGUUCGCUUUUACCGAAGCAUAAAUCUCAAUCAUCUCCACUGGUAGUCCAUUACGGUACUGCUAGUCCGAUUUGGUUAAGUUCAGAGACAAUAGAAUCUCAAACAUCUUCGCAAAAAUGCUUAGAUGAGAUUCAAUCGAAUUGUAGCGAUCAGACGACAAUAUUUCAUUUCGAUAACGAUUGUUCGUCAUCGUCUUCUCCAUCGUUGCCGUACGUGAAUAAUAAUCAUAGCAAUUUCAAUUCUGGAAAUUUGUUAAGAGGACCGUUAUUAGUGAAACGUAUACCGGCGAUUCAAUCAUUUGGUUACGUACCAACGCUUUCAAGCUCUUUGGAAAGUACUAAUGCACCUGACUAUCUUGAAAAAGAGAACGCCAUGGAAAAGCGACGAAAUACUUUAGAUCGUUUUCAACGAUUGGGUUUUGGUCGCAAGUCGUCACCGAACAAUGCUAGUGUAACCUCAUUAUCAUCGAUUGAUGCUGCCAAUAAUGCAAUGAGAAAUCGUAAAUCAUCGGAAAAAUCGGAAAAACUUAAAGAGUUAACCGAAUUAUUAAGGGUAGGUAGCGGUAAUCGUUCGUCGCCGACACCACCGCCUAUACCACCGCCCCGUAAGCCGCGUCACGGUUUACCUUCGCCAUCGAACAGUUUUGAUAAAACAGAUCAUGCCUCGCCGUUGACCUCAUGUCAUGAUGGAGGGAAUCAUGAAAGUGCCAAUGAAAAUGCAUCGUUAAUAAUGGAAAAGAAUUCAGACACUUUGUUGACAUUAACGUCACCUCAUUUAACUGAUAUAUUGCCAAUGGAUCAUAUCGAUAAUGAGUGCCAUUCCCAAGCAAUAACCGAAUUAACAAAACAGCAAAAGCAGCAACAGCACGCGCCUUAUUCACAGGGCCAAAUACAGCAACAAACGUUAGCAGAGAAAAAUAUAAACAAUCGCGGCUGCGGUAGAACGACGUCAAUGCUUUCAUCUCCCACUCUUAAAGCGAAUAUGAGUCUCUCAAAUUUGGAGUCUUUACAAUUAGGACGAGAGAAAUCUAGAUCACCGCCACCGCCACCGCCUCCUCCAUCAUCACGGCUAUUAAAAGCAACAAAAACAGACGCAUCGUCAAAUGGAGUGUGCGGUUCGAAUGAAAGAGCAAAUGAAAUUAGUUUAUCGGCUGCAACCAAAUUGAAUAAACCAGAAUCGCGGACAAUUAUUGGUUCAUAUGCCCAGAAAGGUAUACCGUUUCGUUCGGCUUCUUUCUCGCAAAUUGAUUAUACAUCGGGAAAAUAUAAAAAGUCUGCGUUAAGUGCUUUGCGUGAUCGUUUGCGUCGCGAAAAAGCCGUUGAAAGUACAAGCCCUACAAAUUCAAUAAUUUGCAGUGUUGUCGAGAAUUUAACGUGGCCGCGUAAAAAAAUCGAAGAAAAAGAGGAUAAAUUAGCAAACAUUAAAGAACCGGAACCGGAACAGGAUAUAUCUGGAAAAAAACCCCAACCGGAUUGGAUUUAUAUUCCAUUAAAGGGGAAAUCUGAACGCAGUAUUAAUUUAUGUUAUGGUCAAGACAAAAGUCUAGAAGACGUUAUGGAAUCGCCCGACAUUAUACCCGAAGAAGAAGUGUUUAUGGCGGAAGCGAUACAUGAAGUACCUGAAACAGCUGAGGCAAUUGUAACUACCACAAUGGUGGCAUCGCAUGCCAAAAUGGAAUCUUUAACCGAUACCAUACAAUCGGAUAAUGAUUACGCAAUUGAAGCCUCGGAAUUACCUGCCACGGUUGACUGCACACAAUUGGAAGAUAGCUUCCAUCAGGACAAUGAGGCAAUUGAAAAACUACCGGAACAAAUCGAUUUAUUUGAGCCAAAUUUGGCGACGUUAAUGGAGGAGCAAUUGCCUUUAGAGUCGCCGCCAGAUAAUUUCCUUCAAACCGCCACAACUUGUUUAAUACCAGUUCCCGUGUACGAGUGUGCCGCUCAAGAAUGGGGAUUGGAAAAUCCACCGCCCGAAUGGGUAGAAGUAGCACCCGAAGAAUUCGGUAUUAUACCGGAAACUAUGCAACCGCUAAUCACUUUGCAGCAAUGUCAAAUAGAGACGGCUGAAGCGAAAAACGAGCAAAUCAGUCGAAACGAAAAUGUUCCCACCAUUGCAGUGAGUCGUUCUUCGUUCGAUGUUGAUGAUAAUGCUAUUUUGAGAAAGAAAUCGGAAGGAUUCGAUGAGGAACUUCAAAAGCAACCAGAAAACCAUCAGGAAUCUUUAGGUAGUCCAAUAAUAAAGAAACGCUAUAGUCAUGAUGAUAUGGAAUUAGGUCUAGAGAAGCGAUCUUCUCUGGAGGGUAUUACAGCACGUCACAGUUCUGAUGAACGCCGUAAAGCUGAUAUGUCUAAGAGACGUAAGGGUAUCUAUAUAGAAAACUGGCAAGAACCUGCUGACGGAGAUACUGCAACCAAUAAUAAUAAACCAUUGUCCUUAGAUAUCAGUAUAGCGAAUUUGAAUGCCAUAAAAUCGGAUGCACUCGACGAUAAUAUAAUGUAUAUUAAUAGCCCGGUGACAAAUGAAAAUUCCUUUGAUCUUAAUACUCCCGAAUCGGAAUGCAAAAAUACACCGGUUUGGACAAAAAAUGCCAUUAUGAGUAGCUUUAGUUGUCAAAGUUCGGAAGAGAAAGAUGAUUCAUCAAUGCCAAGUCUUAAAGGUUGCCCUUUUUUACGUACCGAUUCGAUAUCGGAUAAUGAAAGUGAUCGCACUCCUCCUUCAUCUCGCGAUCGUACUAGCCCCGCGUUAAGUGAUUACGAUUGCAAACGCUUUUCGAAAAGACCUCUUAGAGGACCUUAUGGGCAAAUGUUGGAGGCAGAAAUGAAAAAACCCAACAAAAUGCAUUUCGAAGAGAUUUUGGAAGAUCUCAGAGAAAAUGAAGGAAUUUCACAGCCAAGGAAGCAACGUGAUGAAAUAAGUGUUCGUAAUAUGCCGCAUCAUUCGAAUUCGAUGCGUAUACGUAAAACCAAUACUUAUCUACCGGUGCCGUCACAUACACGUGCCGCCUCGACUCCCUCGCAAAUUGAAAACGUUAAUAAUAUUAUUAUGAAAAAUGCUAUUGACAGCGAUGACAUCAAACCUCUAGAGAAACGCUAUCAAAGUUCUUUCGAUAAUUCAACGAUUGGUGAGGAAGAUAUCACAACAGCAUCCGCUCCUUCUUCAUUUCCCUCCGAUCAUGGACGAGACAUGGUGGCACAUGCCCUCGUAACGAAGAGGGCCUCCUCGGAAACACCUGCCCUAAAAUCAAAUCACAGUCAACGCAGCCAAUCGAUGAGUGGUGAAAAACCGAGUCAUACAUAUUUACAGCAUUUACAUCAACCAAAACGUAGCCUAGACGUCACUACUAAUAUCAACUCGGGCAGUAAAAGUAAAAAUAAUUCACAUUCAUUAACAGUGUCAACAACAACAACACGAAUGCCUGCAGCUAGCACAGCAACGACACCAACAGCACAGACAUCCAACACAAAUAUACUACCCACGCAGGAAUUAUUGGCUGAACUUUUAAAGGGUUCCAGUGAGAAAUUGGUUUCAGAACAACGUCAGCAAAUGUUUGCGGAUACACGCACGCAUAUAGUACAAGAGAUUUUUCGCAAUGAACAAUCAUACGUGGAAUCAUUACAGACUGUGAUCUGUAAAUAUCUAAAGGUUUUGAAAUUACCAGAGCAUGCCGGCAUGAUUGAGGUGCGUACAGUCGAUGAGAUUUUCUUUAUGGUACCGGAUAUUUUGGAAAUACAUGAGAAAUUUCUAGCUGAAUUACGCAAUCGUUUAGAUAACUGGGAUACUCAACAAAAAGUCGGCGAUGCAUUUAUGGAAACGUUUUCCAAAUUGGAAGUCUUGGAAGUUUAUACAUCAUUUGUAAAUAAUUGCAAUAGAGCUAAGAACGCGAUACGCAGUACGAAACACCAGAGGCCAUCGUUUGCGAAAUUCCUCGAGGCGACCGCUAGAGAGCAUAAAGGCAAACUGACACUGGAUAAUUUACUCAUCAAACCGGUACAAAAGUUCCCAAACUAUGAAAUGCUUUUUCAAAGACUUAUCAAACACACCGAUCAGGAUCAUCCCGAUCAGAAGCAUUUACAAGAUGUCUUAAAAUUAGUUCAUGACAUCUUGGUGCAUAUUAAUUGCAAAGAGCGUGAAAUUUUGGAGAAUGGCCAGCGUGAGGCUACGCUUAGAGAAUUGGAAGGCGUAAUUGAGGGUAUAACCGAUUUAAUAGCACCCGAUCGUCAAUUUCUUUUAUUCGAUUUGGUUGCUAUGCCUUCGGGUCAGGGGGCGAGAAAAGAACGUGGAUUUUUUCUUUUCAAUGAUCUCUUGGUCUUAACGAGUAUUAAGAAACGUAGCGGCACUAUACGUAAACCUAAUACAAGCACAUGCCCCGGUACAGUGGCGUCGACUUUGGAUACUAAUAAAUAUAAAUUUCUUACCAAAAUCUCCUUAGAUAGUUUGGAAAUUGUGAAAACAAAAGAUGAGAAUCUAAAGCGUAUAAUGACAGAAAUUGAAAAUCUGGCCGAAGACUGCAAUAAAUUGCAACAGAUUGCCGAAAUAACUGCUUCUCUAAAGUACCCUCAUCAAUAUUUAGAAGACGUAAUUAGAGAAUUGCAUCGUGACGUGCAACGUCAAUUAUCGGAGAGACAAACUAAUGAUGCUCAACUCAAUAUGCUCGAAUUGGGCGUAAAUUCACCAAAUGGUUCUCAAAAAUUAACAAUUGUUUUUAGUAAGGCUGAAAAACGUACCCAAUGGGAAGAAACUUUUAACGAUGCCAAACAAAAGUUGGCCGCCACUUUGGAACGUCAUCCCAUACCUGAAUUCCUGACUUCGAUACCUAUACGUAAGACUCGAGCUGGCCUACAGUUCACCUGCGCAGCUGCUACUCUUAGCGAGAAACGUGAUGUAUGGGUGUGUAACAGCGACGGUUAUGUGGGUCAGGUAUGCAUUAUGUCAUUGCACCCGGAACCGAAUGUCACCAGUUGUAAUGGCGUUUGUAACGCCCGUAUAUUGUGCGUGGCAUCCGUGCCAGCUUAUAGUGGCGGUUCAAUGUUUCUGAAAAAUCCUUCAUCGAAUGAGGAUCCAUUGCAACAAAAUCGCAGUUCAUUGCCUCCGAAUAGUUAUACGCAACAAUUACUCGAUUAUCGUAAAAGUAUAUCACCAAGUUACUCACCCUCGUCAACGUUGGGUACACCUGAAAAAAGACGGCACAAUAAAUCUCUUUCAUCCGGGGGUAGCAGUAACUCAACAAAUAAUUCUCAAGUGGCGGGCGAUGCAACGGGCGAGGUACAAGUAGAAUUGAAUUUAAGUUCUAGUGAUGAAGAGGCUGAUGCUGCUGUUGCAGCUGCCAAUGCGGCUGCGAUUGGCAACAACACCAUCUCAACGCAUAUGAAUAUUGGAAAUGCUGGCGGCUCAUAUUCAGUUGACCGCGUACCAAGUCCCGCUCCUUCUGCAUAUACCACUGGUUCUACUUCAACCGCAUCAACGGCCAUUGUAGGUAGCAGUACUACGUUAUAUCAUGGGCAUCAAGUGAGUGUGGAUGACUCGAAUCCGGAGGAUGGCGAUGGCAAUCAAUCGACUAUGUGGAUCGGCACGGAAGAUGGUUGCAUACAUGUAUAUAAUAGCACGGAUAAUAUACGUAUUAAAAAGAAUCGAAUCAAAAUUGAGCUUCAUUCAGCGGUUUAUUCCAUUUUGUAUUUAGAUAACCGUGUCUUUGUUUCAUUAGCCAAUGGAGAUAUUUGUAUCUAUUUACGUGACGGUCUCGUCUGGAAUACAACGUCAUCGCAUUGUUUAUCAAUUGGUACCGUAACAAGUCCAGUUACGAAAUUAUUAAAUGUUCACGGUAAACUAUGGUGCUCGGUACAGGGUGUCAUUAAAAUAUUGGAUGUCGAUGAAUUGGCCGUUGUUAAUCAAAUACAAAUCUCAUCGGAUUCUAAACCUAUCACAAAUAUGACAGUUUCCAGUAAUCACGUUUGGAUAUCAAUACAAAAUUCUGCUCAUAUCAAAUGCUUUCAUUCCAACACACAUCAACUAAUAACGGAAGUAAAUUUGGCACCGGCUGUGAAUAAAAUGCUUUCCAAUUGUGAUGAAAUUAUACGUCAACAUAAAGCUGCUUGUUUGCGAGUCACGUCAUUGUUAUCGUGCAAGGAUCUCAUAUGGAUUGGAACCAGUGCUGGUGUAUUAUUAACAAUACCAUCUCAAGGCUAUGAAAAAUCUACAAAUAAUAACAUUGUGCCUACGGGCAUUCCACAUGGCCAUACGGGUCAUGUACGUUUCCUUACAUCUGUUGAAACCAAUAGCAGCAGUACUGGUAGUAAUGCUGAUUCCGUAAAUACUAAAGAGUCAAUUGGCGUUGGUGGUGGUGGUGGUGGUGGUAGUGAAUCAUCAAGUACAAGUGGUUCGAAGUCACCUAAACCGAAAACUGAGACCAGCUCAAGUAAUAUACUUAUCAUUUCGGGCGGUGAUGGUUAUGAAGAUUUUCGCAAUUCGGGAGCGAAUUCCUUAAGUGAAAUUGCUGGACGCGAAGAUAGUACUAAUCAUUUGCUAAUAUGGCAAAUUUGAAGCAAAAAGUGUAAGAAUCGCUGGCGCGUCUUACUUAAACGUUGGAAAAAUAAUAACUAGCGGCAGGUAAGACUGUCAAGUGAUUUCUGGGCAGUUAAAUUUUAAAAAUAAAAAAUAAGAAAAAACAAUUAAAUACAAAAACACAACAGUAAACAGGGUAUUCUGCAAUAUAUUCAACUAAUUUAUAAGGUAUAGACUUUUUUUUUGUUUUUGCUAAAGCGGCAACGAGAGAUUCAUAAUUGCCUCUCAUUGAUUAUUUGUAAAUGCAUUUUUUUUUUUAAUAUUCCUUUUUUUUUUUUAAUUUUUCUUA